AUGGAUGUCGUCCUUGAGGUCGUCGAUUAUUUCGUCGCCGAUCACGCCUACGCCUACUUUCACCCAAAACCUCCGACCCCUUAUGACUUUCCAACACCCUCCAACUCAACCAAUACCUCGGCCAAAGCCUUCUCUACAUGGACUUAUAAGCCGGCCACUCAGUUUAUUACGCUUGAUCCUCCAGAGGAAGCCUACAUGAGCGCCUGGGACCGUGAUAAUCCUCUUCGCCAGGCUCUUACUUUAUAUCUCAUCACCUGGAUAUUUGGCCUUCUUGUCUACUUCAUUGUCGCAUCGCUUUCAUACAUCUUCAUCUUCGACAAGAGAACGUUUAACCACCCGCGUUUUAUCAAGAACCAGGUCCGCCUUGAGAUCAUCGCAGCCAACAAGGCCAUGCCUGUCAUGGCUAUCAUCACAGCACCUUUCUUCCUUCUCGAAGUUCGUGGCUACGGCAAGCUCUAUGAUACCACUGAAGAUGGGCCUGGACUCUGGUACAACUUCUUCCAGUUCCCGCUGUUUCUCCUGUUUACCGACUUCUGCAUCUACUGGGCUCAUCGCUGGCUUCACCACCGCCUGGUUUACAAGUAUCUGCACAAGCUUCACCACAAGUGGAUUAUGCCUACUCCCUUUGCCAGCCACGCUUUUCACCCCCUUGACGGCUUCACCCAGUCGUUACCCUACCAUAUCUUCCCCUUCAUCUUCCCACUUCAGAAGAUGGCCUAUGUUGCGCUCUUUGUGUUUGUCAACCUCUGGUCUGUCAUGAUUCACGACGGCGAGUACCUCACCGACAACCCUGUCGUCAACGGGGCCGCAUGUCACUCGCUGCAUCAUUCUCGCUUCGAGGUCAACUAUGGCCAGUUUUUCACUGCCUUUGAUCGUAUGGGUGGCACAUACCGCAUGCCUGAAAAGUGGAUGUUCGAGCGUGACAUGAAGAUGUCGGAGGGCCGAUGGAAGAAGGAGAUUGAGAAGGUGGAUGAGCUCAUUGAAGAGAUCGAAGGUUCUGACAACCGCACCUAUGGCUCGUCCAGCACAAAGAAGACGCAGUGA